CUUUCGGUGUGUCUGAGCUGAAAACAGAUUAGGCAGCCUUGCUGGAGGACACAGAUGUCGAGCAAAACGUGGAAAUUGUGUCCGAGAUAAAAGUACAAGUCCCCGGCGGGCGGACCAUGGGACUGCCGGAGCUGCUGCUCGGACUGCUGUGGCUCCGCUCCGCUCUGCUCUGUUCAGCAGGCUGCAGUGAGCGAGUGGAGGUCCAUUCAGAGCGGAGGGGUGUGAUCUACAGCCCAUCCUGGCCUUCAAACUACCCGGCAGGAGUCAACUGCAGCUGGCAUAUCCAGGGAGGUCAGGGCGAGGUCAUCACCAUCAGUUUCCGGAACUUUGACGUGGCAGAAGCGGGAAGUUGUUUGAGAGACUGGCUCCUGCUGACUCCUACGAAGACCGGGGACUCCAGGCUGUGUGGCUCCAUGCUGCCUUCACCCUUCAUCUCCACCAGGGGGCGCGUUUGGCUCUAUUUCCACUCUCAGGCCAACAGCUCGGGGCAGGCCCAGGGGUUUCGCCUCUCCUACAUCAGAGGUCACCUGGGUCAGAGCAGCUGUCAGUCAGAUGAGUUCCUGUGUGGGAAUGGGAAGUGUCUCCCUCGCUCCUGGAAGUGCAACGGUCAGGAUGAAUGCGGCGAUGCGUCCGACGAACGCAGCUGUUCCCCCCCUCCCACCGAGGCGCGGCCGGGCCUCUGCCCCUUUGGUUCCGUCCCGUGCACCGAGGCCCAGUCCACCCGCUGUCUGCCUGCCGCUCUGCGCUGCAACGCAGCCCGAGACUGUCCCGAUGGCACAGACGAGCACGGUUGCCCCGACACCACCUGCGGCAAACGUCUGAGGAACUUCUACGGCUCCUUUGCUUCCCCAGACUUUUUCCGGGCCAACAGGAGCUCUGUGGCUGAGCUGAGGUGUUCGUGGUUACUGGACACCCAGGACCCCAAGCCCAUCGUGCUGCAGCUGGACCUGCAGCUGGGGCCCGGGGAUUCGCUGCAUGUGUACGACGGCCUGCUGCAGCGCGCAGAGCACCUCUUACAGGUUCUGUCACAUCACAACAACAGGCGCCCGGCGCUGCUUGAGUCCAGCCGGGGACAGAUGAGUGUUCUGUAUAUGGCCCAGCCUCACAGCCCAGGACAUGGAUUCAAUGCCACAUACCAGGUCAAAGGUUACUGUUUCCCUGGCGAGCGACCCUGUGGCAGCGAUCAGGGCUGCUACUCUGAGCUGCAACGCUGCGACGGCUACUGGCACUGCCCAUCGGGCCGCGACGAGGAGGCCUGCCCGGCAUGCCCCGACGGAGAGUUCCCCUGCGAGGGAGGAACUGGGGUGUGCUACCCAGCCUCUGAGCGCUGCAACAACCAGAAGAGGUGUCCGGAUGGGUCAGACGAGAAGAACUGCUACGACUGCCAACCUGGAAACUUCCACUGCGGGACCAACCUGUGCAUCUUCGAGACAUGGCGUUGUGAUGGCCAGGAGGACUGCUUGGACGGCAGCGAUGAGAGGGACUGUCUGGCAGCUGUGCCCAGGAAAGUGAUCACAGCUGCCCUGAUUGGAAGCCUCGUCUGCAGCCUCCUGCUUGUCAUCGCCCUUGGCUGUGCCCUCAAACUCCACUCACUCAGGAGCAGAGAGUACAGAGCUUUUGAGACUCAGAUGACUCGCAUGGAGGCCGAUUUUGUUCAGAGAGAGGCCCCCCCUUCGUAUGGUCAGUUAAUCGCCCAGGGUCUCAUCCCUCCGGUGGAGGAUUUCCCAGUGUACAACCCCACCCAGGCGUCGGUGUUACAGAACCUGCGUUUGGCGAUGCGCAGGCAGAUCAGACGUCACUCCACGCGGCGCUCCACCUCCUCUUCCUCUCGUCGACGCCUCGGGCAUCUGUGGACUCGCCUGUUCCACAGUGGCGGGCGAACCAGAGGGAACGCCCCUCUGCUCGACUCCCCUGGACCCACACAGAUCACACUGGGGCUCCACAGCUACCGAACUGUGGGUGUGCAGGGGCCCCAGGCGAGGACGAGGUGUGGGGUUGGGCUCAGGGACGAGGUUGAUGCAGGGGGCUUCUACUGCUCGGCCGCCAUGGACUUGCAGUCCUGCACGUCAGAGAGCCCCGCAUCACCUCUGUCUUCGCAGUCUGCAGACAGCCCAGAGGACAUGCUGUCACCUGCCAGCAGGGAGAGCAGCAGGGGUCCACAGUCGGAGCCCUGCACACCUGUCCAGAGUGACUCUCUUACUCAUAGCGGACCCCCUACAGAUCCCCAGGAAGCCUCUGUGCCUCCAUGCCACAUCCGGGCCUCGAGGAAACUUGUUCUGGAGCUCGCUGUGAACCUAAAGGGGGUUUCGUUGAGACGAUACUCCCCCUUGGGGCCCUUGUCCCCUAUCUCGCCCCCUGUGUUUUCCAGCAGAUCCCAGACACCCACAACAACUCACCCUCACCCCCUGGGACCAGAGGUGAUGUCACCCUCUGAACCCUCGUCUACCUUUGUGAAAGCAGAGGACAGCCACUUUACCCUGGAAGUGCCAAGCAGGGAAAUAAGAAACAGGGAUAAGAGGAGGAGCAGGGAGGGCAAGGGCAGGACCUUUAGUGAUGAGGGAGGAGAUUCAGGGAGGGAGACAACGCCAUGCUGAGGAGUUAAGGAAUAUACUUUCCUUCUACUCACUCGGCUAAGACCUGCUCUCAGCAUUAUCUGCUAAAGUGUCCUUGAGAUGAGUUCCUACCAGAUCCAGAGGUGAGACCCGUACCUUAGCCCAGUUCAGGAGAAUAUAAUUAACUUGUGUCUAUUCACUUUAAAAAUCUGCAUAUGCAGUGUUUUAGUAAGAUUAUAAACCAGCGUUGGUAGUGCUUAUGGUCUUUGUUGUUCAGCAAAUGUUUUUGUCAAACACGAGCUCAAGGGAUAGUUUGGAUGUUCUGAAGUAGGGCUGUUUGAGGUACUACUCAUCUUUAGUAAAAGGUGGUUAGCACACAUCCAGUUUUAGCUAUCUAAAAAGUCCAUCCUAAAAAGAUCUGAGGGUUUCUGCGGAUGUUAUCUCUGCUGUCUUAAGAUCCCCCAGACUCCUUUGACCAGAACAAUAUUUUUUACCUGGUAGAAUAUGUAAGCUGCUAAUUGUGCUGUUAUUUCAACAGGUCGGAUUCACCAAAGUCACACUAUGACUAAGGGAUCAGCAACUUUAAUGUUCUGUGUGCUAAAAUAUUUGUUUUUGUCAAUAGAGUCUGGCGGCUUGAGUUAUUUGUGGAAAAAGGAAAACAUUCUUAAUAUUGGGUAGACUUCAACUCAUAUUAAAUGUAUUAGAUGGCCUUUUUUUAGAUGGUUAAAUAUACCUUUACAACCCCAGAUCAAAAAGUCCUAACUGUCCCUUUAAUGUCGAUUCCCUUUUGGGGCAUAACCUCUUCAGGAGCCUGUUCCAGGAAAAUCUAACUUUCUAAUUCUGGCCACGUGUACCAGUUCAAUAUUAGCUACAUGUACUUACAACGCCAAAGCAGCCUUUGUGUCGUUACCCAGAGCCAUUUUGCACCGCUAUAUACUGUGAACCAAAAAAGCCUGUUAAGUGAUCACAAAUUAAUUUUCCUUGCUUCAUGGCCCUCCAGUCUGUCAUAAUCCCACUUUAUUGCAUGAGUUAUUCGGCUUUUGAGAAAGCUGGGGAUAUGAUACGUUCAUCGUAUAGUCAACAAAUCAAAUGAAACACCAAUAUGACCAGGUCCAUCUCCCAGUGCUUUAUGACUUCACAGGAAAUGUGUGCAUACUUUAAUGUUUUAAAAUUCUAAAUAGCAUUCUUACGAGUUUACGGGAAAAAUCACUUUAACUGAGUAAGUUGUGCAUUUGUUUGAGACUAAUUUAAGCUGCAAUAGUGUGGCUCAUUUUUGUGUUUAUAAAUAGUUUUGGACAACAAGGAAGCUCUUUUCUUUGAGACUAAGGAAUUAGCUUUUAUCGGGCUACGCAGUAAAUACUUGUUAGCAGGAUUAAUACAUAUUGUUUUUUUCACUGGAUUGCUGACACGACAACAAAUUUAAAAAAUAAAGCCAGAUCUUCCACAUCCAUAGGCAAAAGAUGAACAUCUUUGGAAAUAUGUUUAUUUUCUUUCUGUUGGAGAGUUGGAUGAGUAGAUAGACACCACUCUCAUGCCUGCAAAUAUAAGGCUACAUCUAGCAGCCGGUAAGCUUUGUCUUGUUUACUGGAAACAUGUGGGAACAGCUAGCCUGGCUCUGUCUGAAGUUAGCGGGUGAGCUUUAAAGGUCCUUUUGGGUAGUAUGUUACCUUCAGACAAAGCCAUGAUGUCUGUUUUCACGUUUCCAGUAUUUAUGCUAAGCUAUGCUAACUAGUUAUACCCUUGUCUAUAAGGAUAUGCAAUAUGUGGUAUCAAUCUCCUCAGCUCACACUUAGCCCAAGAACAUAUUAGCGUGCUGACCAAAACCUUUUUAUUUUUAAUGCAGUUUCAUAGAAUAAUUAAAUAAUGCCAAAACGUUUUAUUUAACAAAUGCUGUAUAUUUCUUCAAUGAUACUUCAUUGACCUUUUAAAACUGAAAAAAUGGUUUCACUAUGUUUAGGGAAAUGUCAUCAAAUUGAAUUUCAAUUCAGAUUUUUCAAUUAAGCCUUUUUAACUUUGACAUAAUCUGUUUUGAAACCUAACUUGAAUGGAAACUGAGGUAAAGAGUCCAAGAACAUUGCCUGUAACUGCUCAUCCCUCACUCUCCUCCAAUCAGACCUACACUCCUCUCAAGGAAGCCUUUCCUCACUUGAAUGAACGUGACUGUGUCUGAGGCAGUAUCUACGAGUUUAUGUGAAUGUGUCGGGAACAGUGGUUCAGAAAAUUGAUUGUUUGUCGAGUCGUCUUCAUCCCAGCGGUAGAUCUGCAGUACUGCUGAGUGCUGACGUCUGCUUUAUUACACUGGAAAUUCAUAUCUUUGUUGUGGAAUUUUCUAUGACACGAUGUGAUAAAAGGCGUCUAUUUUUCAGUCUUCUAUGAGGACCUCUAUUCCUACUUUAUAUUUGUCCUUAAGUCUUGACGAACUUGAUUGGACAUGAUCGCCUGAUGUUCUUCUGUAAAUCUUCUCUCUGAGGUGACCCUGGUGACCGUUUACUAAUUACUGUUGCGCCUCUUAAGAAUGUAUCACUUCCAUUGUUUCUUGAAAUGCAUUUCUCUGUUUUACUGCAGGAUAUUGCUACUGAACAGGUACUGAACAAGUCAGAUAACUUGGGUGAAGAGGCAGAGUUGGAGAAAUGACAGAAAGCCAAAUGCUGGUUGUUUUUAAAGCAGCACCGUCAGGUUUACGUACUAAAAACCUUGUCUUACCUACUUUUUUUUUUUUACUUUAAAGAGAGAGUUUGGAUGUUUUUAGGUGGGGUUACAUGGAGUACUUAUCCAUAGUGAGUGUAUCGCCUCAAUCGAUGAGUUUGUUUGUGUUAUUAUGCAAACUAGGGGAUAUUUGAACUAACUCUUCAAAACCAAAGUACAUAAUUUACCAACAAAGGAUAAAUGCCUGUACAACUCCAUAAACAAAUCUAAGCUGUCCCUUUUAAGUGAGCUGAAUGUGCCAUGCUACCCCCCAUAUCGUCCAUCUUAAAGAGUUUAUUUUUCAUAAACCGCUGCUACAUGUUAUGUGCCAUUAGAGAUGUCUUCACACGUAAUUCCUAGCCUUCUAGCUUUACAUAUUCUUUUGCUUUUUUCAUUUCGAACCUUGUUCAAAGUUUAAAGUCUGUCCUUCCUUCUUUCAAUUAAAGUCAAUUAGUUUAGAAAUUAACGUCUGUCCUUACUUUUUUUUAGGCGUACACAAAUGUCUAUAAAAAAUGCCUUAAUGGUUUUUCCCUGCUGUUGCAAAUACCACAGAUAGUUUCAAGGCUCACAUUUGUGGUUUUCAUGUAGGAAGAGAUUAGAUGUGUGUCUGGACACAGCGUUAUGAUAUGACAUGUGAUUGAUACAACCGACUGCUCUGAAGUUAUAGUGCACUACUGCAUCAGGGAUUAUUAUGGCAGGGAAGUAACGCGGGAGAAAAUGUUGCUUUUCAAAAACCCUAUUCCAGUGUAUUGACCUGUUUAUUUAAAUCUUUAAUCUGUGAAAGUCUUGGUUAAGUUAUCUUUCUUUGAGAUUUUUCAGACUGCAGAAAAACAGUUAUAAGGAUGAGUGUGCUAACAUAUUACAAUUUGAAAUGUAAAGAAAGACUGAUUGUGUCACAGUGACUGCUUAGAAUAUUUGAUUAUCUGUCAGACCAGAUCAAUGCUAGGUCUCAAUUUGCAUACUUCUGUACUUAAUUCUACUGUUUAGAGUUCAUGAAAGUGUUUUGCAAAAUCCACACUCUAUGACCACCAUCUUAGCUGGGUAACAGAAGUCUCAGGAACAGCAGUGAUUGUUUUUGCUCUGGUUUAUGAAGCACUACACAUAAAUGUUUUUGGGUUGUUUUUUUUUUCACUAUUUGAAAGAAGUACAACUAUAUUGGUAUCGAAAAAGAAGCCAGGGACCAUUUUAUUGGUUGAAUUGAGUAGUUUGGAAUGAUAAGCUACCUCGAUCAUCUAGCUAGUGAUGAUCGUUAGAUAGCUAGCUAACACUGGCUAUCGUCACUUCCAGUUAGGGCAACGCAGAAAGUCACACACUGCCCAAGUGUUCACAUUCUAGGAAAAUGCACUGAUGGAAGUAUCCAAAUUGAGACUUGGCACAAGUAUUUCUCUAUACCCUGGCUUUGACCACUUUGUCGAAGUCGCCAGAGGGUGUGUUAUUUUCUUUAUUUCAUUUUUGAACUGUAAUUUACAUCAUCAAACUCUUUCUGAUAUUUAAUAUAUUAACUGCUGGAAUUUCAAUGGUUUUAUACAUGGUAAAUACACUGGAUAGAGGAAGCAAAGUACUACUGAACCAAGUUGUCUGACAAUGGCAUUGCCUCUCUUUGCUGUUUGAUUGUGAAGCUUCUUCCCCAUCAAAGGCUGAAAUCAACAUGUAUACUGUGUUUGUAUGAAAGCUUUUCUCUUAUUUGAAAAAAACUAUAUUUGUAUAUUUUGUGCUGAAAGGGAAAUGCCACCGUGACAUUUUGGGGAUUGCUGUUCAAAACCCUGUUAAGCCUUCUGCUGAUUAUUGUUCUUUGUUUUACUGUGCCUGCAAUUAAUAAACCGUAAGCCGUUUAUUUACUGAUUUAUUUCAGUGUACAAAUGUUUUUUUUUAUAAUACUGACACUACGGCCACCACCAUAAAACUAGUAGUUUACAGCAAGCAAUGUAUUUACAAUACUUAUUUUGUAUGGAGCCCUUAGACGUAAGUGAUGAUGUAUAAGUUUAAUAAUUAUUUUCUCUCGUGUGUUUAUGACUCACCAAAAACGUUUUCACCUGUUUGUAAGUCAUAUGUCAGACGACACAAUUAAGAUAAGACUUAGAGCAUGAAUCACAAGUAUUGUUGUUCUCACUUGUGUCUCGUUACCCACUUGUAUUAUCAAAAGAAAAGAUGCAUUUCAGAAGUUGCUAUAUUUAAUAGGUUAAUCAGAUUGUUAUUUUUGCACAUCUUUACACCCUUUUACAAAACAUAGAGGUGUACCGAUCAGUUGUACACAGUAUGUAAAUGUUUCACAACAUGUCUAAGGAAUGUGAUCUUUCUGAGAGUCACUGGCGCAUUUGUAUCUGUUUUUUUCUCCUGUACAUAGUAUUUACAGAUCUCAGCUGAACACACAGCACCUGGACAUGGCAGACAGACAUUAUCUGAAGUGUGAGUCUUUUAGUGAAUUCUUGCUGGAAAAGGAAAAUACUGUUCAAUUUCCAACAUGCUGGUUUACAUUGUUAAAAAAACCUUCAUAUGUUCUGUUGUAUGUACACAAAAGGAAGCUUAUGGGCUGUAUGAUACUACUUAAAUACAACAAAUAUCACUUGGAGCACAGUAUUGAGAAAUACUUCACCCCCAAAAUAACCAUUUGUCUUUCAAAUGUUCACCCUGUGUUAUUUUACAUUUCUCACAAGCUUCCGU